CUGGGGGCGCAAGUCAACCUGAAAACAUCGAGGUGACGUCAUGACCAAUUAUUUACCCUAUGAUUGGAAUAAAAAUAGUAGCCAUGAUUAGUGAUCAUUCGCCUGAAGAAUCUAUCUUGUGCUAGCGAAAGCUCGUGUUUCAAAUAAUUCACAAACAGUAAGUAAACCAAAAACCAUCUCAAAGACGAUCCUACAUAAUGCUUCUAACAUCGUUGAAACAUCAUAUUUUACUUACGUUUUAUGUUGUAACCAUAUUGAUUGAGGAAAAAUGUUUUUCAGCUGAAGUAAGACUUGUCGGAGGAAGUAACAACAAUAAAGGACGAGUUGAAGUAUACAUACAAGGGGAGUGGGGUACAAUAUGUGAUGAUGAUUGGGACAUAAAUGAUGCUCGAGUUGUUUGCAGACAAGUAGGCUUUGCAGAUGCCAUCUACGCUCCACAUGCAGCUUAUUUUGGAGAAGGAUCUGGAGAUAUCAUGUAUGAUGACGUUGCAUGUACAGGAAAUGAGAGCGAUAUUUCCAGUUGCCCCAACAGUGGACUUCGAUUCCACGACUGUAGUCAUUAUGAGGAUGCAAGCGUCAUCUGUACUAAAGUAAGACUUGUCGGUGGAAGUAACAUCAAUGAAGGGCGAGUUGAAGUAUACGUAGAAGGGGAGUGGGGCACAAUAUGUGAUGAUCUGUGGGACAUAACUGACGCUCGAGUUGUCUGCAGACAAGUAGGCUUUCCAGAUGCCAUCGACGCUCCACAGUCAGCUCAUUUUGGAGAAGGAUGUGGAGAUAUCAUGUAUAAUGGCGUUGCAUGUACAGGAAAUGAGAGCGAUAUUACCAGUUGCCCCAACAGUGGACUUCGAUCCCACAACUGUGUUCAUCAUGAGGAUGCAAGCGUAAUCUGUACUAGUAAAGUAAGACUUGUCGGAGGAAGUAACAACAAAGAAGGACGAGUUGAAGUAUACAUAGAAGGGGAGUGGGGUACAAUAUGUGAUGAUUCGUGGGACAUAAAUGACGCUCGAGUUGUUUGCAGACAACUAGGCUUUCCAGAUGCCAUCGACGCUCCACCGUCAGCUCAUUUUGGAGAAGGAUCUGGAGAUAUUAUGUAUGAUGACGUUGCAUGUACAGGAAAUGAGAACGAUAUUACCAGUUGCCCCAACAGUGGACUUCGAUCACACAACUGUGCUCAUUUUGAGGAUGCAAGCGUCAUCUGUACUAGCAAUAUGACGUCUACAGGUUAUAUGCCGUCCACAGUUGCUCAAACAUUCACCCCAACAGCAUGCUAUAAUAUACCAACCACAGUUGCUCAACCGACACCAAGAACAUCCACUGCUAUCUUCAAGUCAUCUGUGAAAUUGGAUAGACUUUGUCAAACUUCAAAAGGAAGCUGCAUAAGAUGUGCUAUUGCAUGCUUGAGGGCGCUGCAGUGCAAAUCGUUCCGUUAUGACGACAAAAGCUGCCACUUGAUGUCAGAUUUUACUAAUGAUGAGCAUACCAUGGGGAAUUACAAAUUGUAGAAUGAUUGUCGUGUAACGAGUUACAAGAAUCAAUAUGAAGGAACAUAUAAAUACAAAAUGCUUACGAAUAUUAUGACAUGUAGAUAUAGUAUUUAAUUAGUCCCUUACCUAUAGAAGUGGCUUUCGGGCCUUGGUUGGAGUGAUUUCAGUCAAAAAAACUUUCUUUUGGACCUUGACAAUCCUUUCAGCGAACGGUGCUUCUCCCUUUUAAUUACGGAUCUCCUCUCACUUAAUUUAUCGAUGUUUCUGAACCUUUUCGAAUCUCUUGGCAACACUCGUUGGUAAGGUCAGACUACUAAAUGUUGCAUAACGUUUCAGAUAAAUGUUAAUAGCGUAUUUAAAUUACAAAAGCGAUAUUAUUGUGUUUUUAUAUUAUUUUAUUGAAAACAAUAUUAAUAUUAAUAUUUUAUUGUUUGUUGGUGAAUUCUAAUUUUUGACAGUGUUUAAUGGACCAACUGAGAAAGUGACUUAGUUCAAUCCUUUCUCUUACUGUUGUUUCCUCCCACCUCCCAACCUUCUUGUGCUUUGUAUUCGUCUAGUUGCAUCAUUGAGAAAUAAUGAAAUGAAAUAUAAUAGCUAUACUAUAAAAUAUACUAUAUUAUACUUGACGCCAAUGAUUACAAUUAUGAUCAUAGUUUUCAAAAAUUACGAAGGUAAUACAUUGUAUACUAAGAUAGAAUCUGAUGAGCAUAUAAUUGAUUUGGAUUGGAUUUAUUCGGUGUAAACACCAAGGAUAGGCCACGAAAGUCUAGAAGAAGACAUAUUUCCAGUGGGGUC